CCACAGUACUCCGUCAUCGAUUCAUCGAGCGGAGACACCGCGGUGUUUCGCGGAUUCGGCCGGGUAUCUCCAUCCGUUCGGAUAAUGAGCGAGCCGGACACGAAACCCCAUUAUGCUUCGGCGGUGUUCUUCGCAUAUUCAGCAUCGUUCGCGGUCGGAACAGCGAUCGGAUUCGCAGCUCCUGCUCAGAGUGAGAUCGAAGAAAAUUUCCCCAACAUAGACUACUCGCUGUUCGGGAGUCUUAUCACCGUAGGAGCAUUGACCGGGAGUUUGAUCGCUGGCGUUCUCGUCGAACGUUUCGGGCGAGUGGGAACGAUUUUAUUUUCUUGUCUUUUUUUCACCGGAGGAUGGAUCCUGAUUCUCCUGAGACAAAAUGUCGAGAUGCUCUACCUCGCGCGGUUUCUACUCGGCUCCAGCGCCGGCAUAAACUGCAUGGUGAUCCCCAUCUACAUCAGUGAAAUUACCCCGGCGGAGCGCCGCGGAAUCUACUGCACAGGGCACACGCUAAGCAUCGUAGUGGGAAUCCUCGCUAUCUAUGUUUUCGGUAAAAAGGAUUGGCUCAGAGCAACCCCUCUGGCCUUCGUGUGCUUUCUACCUACGCUUGCCACAGUUCUGACAAUGAUUUUCAUCCCGGAGUCUCCGGCGUGGCUCAUGAAACAGAACAGCCCGAAAUCGAUGGUGAGCGAGGCUCUCUAUUUCUUCUUCGGUCGUACAGCCUUCGCCGAGAGUCAACGAGAACUCCUGAUGGAGAGCAAGGAAGGCGACGGCAACAAUUUCUCCGUGGCCUAUCUGAAGGAUCCUGCCGUACUUCGACCGCUCCUGAUCGCUCUAAUCCUGGCGGGCACGCAGCAGGCUUGUGGGAUCAACGCGAUACUCUUCUACACGAACGAAAUAUUUUCCUCAGCGUCUCGGAGCAUCGAACCCUCGAUUCAAGUCAUCAUCGUGGGUGCGGUUCAAGUAGUUUUCACGUUCGUAGCGGCUCUGCUCAUCGAUCGCGCCGGUCGUCGAGUGCUGCUGCUGCUCUCGAGCACAAUAUCCCUCGUCGGGAUGCUUCUUCUGAUCGCUUUCUACGUCCUGCAAGAACAGAAAAGUCCAGCGUUGGAUCACCUGAGUUGGCUCCCGGCGAUAUCUCUAUCAAUUUUCGUCGCGGGCUUCUCCGUCGGACUUGGACCAGUGCCUUGGCUCCUCAUGGGUGAAUUGCUCCCAGUUCGCGCGCGGGGGGUCGGAGUAGGACUGAGCGUGGGGUUCAACUCGCUAUGUGCGUUUCUUGUGACAAAAUUCUUCCCUAAUCUCAUGGUGAAGUGGGGCCCUUCACGAGCAUUCUCCAUCCUCGCUGGAGUCAUUGCCUUCAGCUUUGUGUUCGUUUACUUCUUCGUACCAGAAACCAAGAACAAGACUCUCGAAGAGAUCGGAGCAAUGUUCGAAAGUCGCUCGAGGAACGGAUCUCGAGGGAACAACGACCGGAGCCCGAGCCACGCAUCGAGUGUGACGGACGUCCCCCCGCGACCUGACGGUCACUCCGCCUGAAAAGGAAGGCACGAAGAAAGAAACGAGCGCACGGCUUUGUAUUAGAAAGAUCACGAUUUAUUCUUUCGGCGAUGGGAGAGAGAGGAUCUCCAGCCUCCCGAGGUGGAGAUAUCGGACGGAGUCCGGUAAUUGAAUGCGUCCCUGCAUCCCCGUUUGGGGAAGAGGCUUAGCGUCACGGUUGCGACGGGAUGCCAGCUCGAGGGACUUCAGGGUCCGGAGCCGAAUUCGAUCAGAGGCAUCACAUCCUCGUGUGGAGAGUAUCCUGACGAAUACUGAUCACGUAUCGUUUAUCAUCUGAUCCUUUCAGAGCCGGUGGCUGCUUCGGCGAUCUAGCUGUCCGACGCUCACCGAAAAUCAUAUCGUCCAUUGCGGCCAAGGGUGCCUCGAUGGAGAUAUUCAGAUAGUAGGCCAGGAAGAUAGACAUCACGAAUAUUCCCAGCGCGUCCUUGAACUGAAAAAUAAAUUCUCCAA